AUGUCUCCCAUAAAGUAUGAGAAGUCGAGGAGCGCCCGGGCCGGCCUCACUUUCUCCGUCGAUCGGAUCGCCAAAAAACUCAAGGACGGAAAGUACACCGACCGUGUCGGAUAUGGCGCCCCAGUUUACAUCGCCGCCAUCCUUGAAUACCUCACCCGUGAGGUUCUUGAGCUGGCUGGAAAUGCAGCGAUUGACAACCACCGGCGCCGAAUCUCGCCGCGCCACAUCGAGCUCUCCGUUCGGAGUGACACGGAAUUAUCGAAGCUUUUGGGGCACGUUAUUUUUAGCAGCAGCGGCGGCGGCACGUCCAGUGCCCAACUCAAGCCCCUUCGGAAGAAGGCGGCGUCCUCCGGUAUGAAGGAGGCGGCAUCCUCGGGUACGAAGGAGGCGGGGUCCUCGGGUACGAAGGAGGCUGCGUCCUCGGGUGCGAAGGAGGCGGCGUCCUCGGGUACGAAGGAGACGUCGCCGCCAGGUACUCCGAAGACGGCGUCUUCGGGCAAGAUGAAGGCUUCUUCGCCAGGUACUCCGAAGGCGGCGUCUUCGGGCAAGAUGAAGGCGUCUUCGCCAGGUACUCCGAAGGCGGCGUCUUCGGGUACUACGAAGGUGGCGUCUUGGGGUGCGAAGAAGCCGGCGUCUUCACGUCCGAAGAAGGAAGACAAGAAGUGA